AGUGAGCAACGUGCUGUGGCUUAUCCUUGUCCUAUGCGGAUUUCACCGUUGACUGCUUGCCCGAGCGGAUCAUCAUCAACCGCAGGCAGGGGUAUAUAGACUAUUAAAGGGAACGCUGUGUGAUCGGCUCCACUUUCAUGUUUACCGGAUAUAGGAGCGGAUAGAAGGGUAGAAACUGCCUUUCUUGACCGAUCCCGGCGGAGGGGUUGUUACCGGGACUUGGAGAGGAGAGGAUGCUCAAGGCGAGAGGUGAGCAAUGGGCAAGGGAUUUACAGACAGCUGUCUCCCUGCAGUUGAAAAUCAAAACUCGACUUCAUCAGGUGAUUUUUCUCUGAGCUGUUACAUCUUGACGUAGUGACAGUAGCACAGAUUGAAUUAGUUAUUACACCACCAGAUGAUUCAUUUAAAUAGAGCUCAAAUCUGUGAGUCAGAAAAUAUCAAGCCACAAUGGGUGCUGUCAUUGUGUCCAAGGAGUUGUUGCAAUACUCUCAGGCAGAGCAGCCCCACAGUUUGUCUCUGGAUGACACUUGAUCAAAUACACACUUCAGAAAUGUCACUUAAGGAUAUCUUUUAUACUUUUACUUUUGGUUUAAUAGCACAUGUUGAUGUUUGUGGAACUGUGCAUAUUUAAUGUUGCACUCAGACUAUUUAAUAUAUUAUUAAACAGCCAUUUGGCUUAAAUCUCUUUAAAAUUAAUUUUGUUUCAUUUCUAACUGAUGGGAUGUGGUUUGGACUGGUUGAAUUUUAUUAGGACAGAUGGAAGAUAGUGGAGUGUAUGGGCUUCAAGUCAUAUAGCUUAUAACUUCUAACUUACAUCCAUAUUGAAUUUAAUAUGUCAUUGUAAAUAUUAAAUGUAAAUAAAAUCCCACUUCUAUAUUGUGUUAUCUGUAAUUUAGUCCUUCAAUAGUGUUUUAUUUGUCAGAUAGUUUACAUAUUUCCAUAUUUUUCUCACAGCCAACUCUUAUAUUUUCAGUCUUUUAGUUCUGGGUUAUCUUCUAUUUUUAGAUGUUUAUAUUGUAAAAUUGUUUAUUUUCUUCUCUUUUUCUAUUUCUUAUUAUGUGCAAUACUUGUUAAGCUACAACGAAAACAUUUCCCAAUUUAAUAAUAAAGUAAAUCUUAUGUUAUUUUAUCUUCAUAAUGAAUAGGUUUGCUUUUGAGACUUCAAGUAAGUUCUUGAUGAAAGUAUUAUUUCUUUCACCACUCUCAAAUGGGGACUUUUAGCAGUCUGAAGAUUGGUCCAGGGAUCAUGAAUGAUGAAUUCCUGAGAACAAUUUUGGAGUAGAUUUUGAAUUUGGGAUUUAAUUGCUGCACAUAAAUCUACCCUCUAACACACUUACUGUCGAUUGACCCCAGAUCUCUUUCCCUUUUAGGGCUGAGAUGUACUCAAAAAAUAAUAUUACUAAAACAUUAUAAGGAUCAGAUAAUGGGUUAAUGUAGUUUCAAACACCUCGUGCAGUAGACAGCAUCUGCCUUUGCUAACCUUUGUGUGUGUUUGUCUAUGUCCGAACACAAAGAUGAAGAUGAUUUCGCAGAAAGGUGAUACUGGGUAAAGUUGCUGAGCUUCACUUUCUUCUCUGUGCCCUUCAUUCUCUCCCUCUCCUGCACAUGCACACAAACACUCUGGGAGUUUUCUGUCAGUGUCCCUGCUGUGCGUCUCAGUUCCUCUGCACUUCUGCUGAUGUUUGCUUUAUCGACAGGACGAGGUUCCUGUGACUGUUUUCACUGACAGCAUUUGUGUGUGGAGCAGCAGUGGACAGUGACAUGAACAUGAGAUCAAUUACAUAAAGAGAGACUUAUAAAGGGGCGUCCUAUAACUCCGGACAGAGAAGAGGAGCCUUCAUUGCCAUAGCUACCUCUCCUCCCCUCCCCUUGUCCAUGUUCCCCCUUUCAACCCGUGUCUUUAUCCGUUAAGUGUUUGUUUUUUUACAUUUUUCUAUCCUUCCACAUCCUCCAUAACCUGUCACCAUGACAACCUCAGCCCUGCGCCGGCAGGUGAAGAAUAUUGUGCACAACUAUUCAGAAGCGGAGAUCAAGGUUCGAGAAGCCACUUCAAACGAUCCAUGGGGCCCCUCAUCGUCUCUCAUGUCAGAGAUCGCUGACUUGACCUUCAAUGUGGUGGCGUUUGCUGAGGUCAUGGGCAUGGUGUGGAAACGCCUCAACGACAGCGGCAAAAACUGGCGACACGUUUACAAGGCGCUGACUCUGUUGGAUUACCUGCUGAAGACAGGAUCAGAGAGAGUGGCCCAACAGUGCCGCGAGAACGCAUUCACUAUUCAGACGCUACGUGACUUCCAAUACAUGGACCGCGACGGCAGAGAUCAGGGAGCCAACGUGAGGGAAAAGGCCCGCCAACUGGUGUGUCUCCUUCGGGACGAGGAGCGGCUUCGCCAGGAGAGAAGUCAGGCCCUGAAGACUAAGGAGCGAAUGGCUGGAGGGGGCAGUGGAGGGGGCGGGGGUGUGUAUGGAGGUAUACCACCGUCUUACCACCCAGGCAGGCGGACAAGUCAGCCCAGCAUGGCUGUGCUUUACGGGGAGGAGUUCAGUCGCUCCCGAGGCUCUCCAUCUUCAUUUAACUCCUCGUCCUCGUCCCCUCGCGCCGCCUCAGACCUGGAGCAGGCUCGACCUCAGACCAGCGGCGAGGAGGAGCUGCAGCUCCAGUUAGCUUUAGCCAUGAGCAGAGAGGAGAAUCAGAAGGAGCAGUGCUGUCGCCAAGGAGACGAGUCUCUGUUACAGAAGGCCCUGGAUGAGAGCAGGAGAGAGAGUGAGUCGGGUACACAGGAGUCAGCCAUGCUGGACCUGGUGGACAUAUUUGGCCAGUCAUCCGAGGCCCCACCUCCGCCUCAUGACCCUUGGAACUCUACCCAACCCAGUGACGAGGUCUCGUCGGACCCCUGGGACUCUGUAGCGAUCCAAUCCAGCCCUCCUGUGAUUGGUAGCCCUUGGACGGCCCCUCCCUCUUCCUCCAAUGCAUCCAAUCCUUGGGCUCCAUGUGCAGAGCCACACCCAGACCCCUGGGAAGCACCGCCCAUCUCCUCCAGUCCUGUCAAUCAUGCGUGGGACAGCCCAACAGACAUAGAUGGUGAUGGGGAAGAUGUGUUCGAUGCACAGGAAGAGGAGAAUCCUAAACAGGAAGUUCCUCAGCUGUCCUCCCCUCAACCUGCUAGUCCCACAGAUGACGAGCUGUUUGGAGUAAAGGCAGACUCGGACCCAUUUGCUGGAGCAGAUUUUAACCCCGAUCCGUUUGGGAGCGACCCUCCUGUGAAACCUUUGAUAAACGGACGAGAAUCGGCUAGCCCGGAGAUCUUUGACCUGUCCCGGCUAGCACCCCCCCUCAGUGCCCCUGCUUCACGGUUGUGUCGAACCCCAGAGGCCUUCCUGGGACCUACGGGGGCCUCGCUGGUCAAUUUAGACGCACUUAUACCCUCCAACCCCGCCAGCAAGAUGCACAACAACCCCUUCCUCUUAGGUCUGAGCGCUCCUUCUCCCACCAACCCGUUCCACUGCGACCAGCCUCGCCUCACACUCAACCAAAUGCGACCAUGCUCCACAUCCCCACUGCCCCCCCACAUGCUCUCCUACAGUCCGUCGCUGCCCCUCCCGCUGCACCACCAGCCCUCCAUCCUCCCCUCCUCCCUCACACAACCUCACGCCGGACUCCUGGACCUCCCCUCUAACCUCCCGCAGCCCCUGUUGCCGCUCUCUCCACGACGGGCGCAGCGCACUCAAUCACAGACACACAGCCACAACCCCUUCCUCUGAGACCCCCUGCAGCUUCUGAGCUCUGGUCUGCAGAGGGAGACGACAGAAUGGACUCUUUAUUUUGGAUUAAUCUAUGCCGACUACAACGAGACAAAUGAGUCUGAACUGGACCACGGAUCCUGGUCUGAUGUCAUCGUGAACACUUGAAGCGGAUAAAACUCAGAUUGUAUUUGUGUCUGUCUGAAGACAUAUCAGCUGCUAUACAACCUGAACUCUUGAAGAAAAAGCAAACACACACACACACACACAAAACACUCACACACAGGCACUCAGGCGCACUUAAAGGUGCAUACACACACUUGCACACACCACCAAACUAACAGGGUGUAUCUAAACAGUCCCUUCGAUGCCUUUUCCCCAUCCACAGUUACGACCCCAAGCACACGUUAACCACAGAGCCCAAAACUGUUCCUCAAUAAGAUCAAAAUGAAGCCACACACUUUGAUUGUCCACCGAGAUUCACCAGGAUCCUUACCGCUGCUGCUUCACCGACGAAAGCAUGAAUGCCCCCCACCCCAGAAGACGCCAAACUAUUUUACUCUGCUGAACACCUGAGACAAGUUCUUCAAAUAACUUCUCUUUUUCUGAUGAGUCCAAUAUAUUGAGCUUGUUGGCACAAAUAAAACACUGGAGAAAGUACAAAAGAGUGUUACUGUUAGGUCUAUCACCGUUCAAAAAAUAAUUUGUAUUCCUCCCUACAUACACAGUAGGACUGCACUUAUGAUUAUUGUCAUUAUAAAUCUGCCAGUUAAUUUUCUCGAUUUUUGUUUGGUCUACAAAUGUCAGAAAAUGGGGAAAAAUGUCCAUCCCAGUUUCUCAAAGUCCAAAGUAGUGUCUUGUUUUGUCCAAAACCAAAAGAUAUUCAGUUAUGAUAUAAAACAGACGGAAAGAAAGCGGGAAAUAUCCACAUUUAAGAGGCUGAACACAGAUUUUUUGCUUUGUUUUUGCACAUAAACUUAGAAAAAUAGGCAAUUAUUUUCAUAAAACCCCCAAAACUAAUCCCACCUGUCACAAUCUGGACCUACACUGAUUGUACCCUGUCAGACCCGUGUGCCUGUCUCUGCAGAUUACCCACAAUGCAUUCCCGGCCGGUUCAUAUUAGCGCCAUAAAGCAGGGCCUCAGGGAGACCGCUCUGUCCCUCCUCCAGUGAAACUCACCCUUAGUUAAAGACAUUAGUAGAGGUACAACUACAGGGAGAACAAUGAUUUAAGAUGAAGAGGAGGGAUGAAGUAGGAAGGAGGAGUAAAAGGGAGAAAAUAAGAUCAAAUAAUUACAGAUGAUGAAUUGAUGUAUUGACCAGUGUCUCCUCCUUUCUUCUGCUCCGUGCUCACUGUUGGAACAAAUGAAUCAGACUAGAAAGGAUGUUUGAUCAUCACUGCACUGAACCUGGACUUGAAUGUGAAAUGCCUGUCUAUAGAUACACGCAGGCUUAGCACAUAUGUAUUUAACAGAAUGAUACCUAUAAAAAAUUAUGAAAUAUUAUACCAAUAAAUGAAUGGUGUUUGCAUUAUACGCGCUGGAUUUAUAUGGUUGAUUGAUGAGUUACUCUAACUCUGCCACGGAAGUUACGAUUUUGGUUCAGUUUGAUGGUGUGCAU